AUGGAGUCACCAUCCCAGGAGAAAAGAGGGACCCAGGUCAUCACAAUAGAACCAAAUGAAACUGUGUUAACUGCGUUUCCUUACAGACCACACAUCUCUCUGCUGGAUAUUCUAAAGGGGGAGCCAAAACUCUUGGGGGCUAUCCAGAUCCUGCUUGCUCUGGUCAUUAUGAGCCUUGGAAUUAUAUCUGUCCUCACUUUCUCCAAAAAAUUCCCCCUCGUUUUCCUCACAGGAUACCCAUUCUGGGGAGCAUUAAUUUUCUUUGUUACAGGAUUACUCACUAUGACCAAUGGGAAAUCAAAUAAAAUUUGGGGACUAUCAGUCAUGAUCAUGAAUGUCAUCAGUUCCGUGGCUGCAUUGGCUGGGAUUAUAAUCACCAUUAUCAGCUUUACACAGCAACACAAGUUCUGCCAGAUGCCUUCCCUUGAAGGAAUAUGCGUUUUUGGUAAAACACUUCUUGUUGGAGCUUUGUCAAUCUUAUUAAUCAUCAGCAUAGCAGAGUUCAGCAUCUCUGUAACUAUCGCAUCCUUCAGAAGCAAAUGCUGGACACAUUCAAAUAAGGUUGUGUUUUUCUUGCCUUCAGAUGUUAUUCAAAAUGGUGAACAACCUGCUCCCAAAGAAAAUGCUCAGAUACAAUUUGAGCUUCAAGAGGGCAGUCACACUGAUGGUACUUCAAACAUACAAACCGUUUUCUUUGGAGGCUACACUUUCUAUAAGUUGAGAGUCUCAAAAAAUCCUUUGCCCUCCCAAGAAAGAUCAGAGCCAAGUGAUGAAGACAGGACAAGUUCCCAUGUACUUUCUGUUUUAGAAGAACAACAGGAGAGUAUACCUCUACCAUCCAAGUCAUCACAGGAAGAAACUGAGCCAGAACACACAUUAGAGGCAAGGUCCUCAGAAAGCACUACACAUUCUCUGAAAGGCUCUAUAAGUGAACACAUAAAUGAUUUAGAAUCUACUCUAGUACAACCCUCUGAAACACAAGACCAGCUUCCGGACCUGGACUCACUACUCCAAGGGCUCGCAGAUUCAUUGCCCAGUGACUUGCCGUCUGAACUGCCACUCUCACAAUCCCUAUCAACACAAGCCUUGCAGUCUGAACUUUCAUCAUCCCAUCUCAUACAGUCAAGUGAUAUGACAACUGAAGACUUGCCCUCUCUGGAGGAACCACCUCAGGAGGAACCACCGCAGGAGGAACCACCGCAGGAGGAACCACCGCAGGAAGAACCACCAAAGGAGGAACCACCGCAGGAGGAACCACCGCGGGAGGAACCACCGCGGGAAGAACCACCAAAGGAGGAACCACCAAAGGAGGAACCACCCCAAAAAGAGCCACCCCAAGAUGAACCACCCCAAGAUGAGCCACCUCAAGUUAAGCCACCUCAAGUAGAACCACCCCAAGAAGAACCACCUCAAGAACCACCUCAAGAAGAACCACCUCAAAAAAAACCACCUCAAGUAGAACCACCUCAAGUAGAGCCACCUCAAAAAAAACCACCUCAAGUAGAACCACCUCAAAAAAAACCACCUCAAGUAGAACCACCUCAAAAAAAACCACCUCAAGUAGAACCACCUCAAAAAAAACCACCUCAAGAUGAACCACCUCAAGAACCACCACCUCAAGAACCACCACCUCAAGAACCACCACCUCAAGAAGAACCACCUCAAGUAGAACCACCUCAAGAACCACCACCUCAAGAAAAACCACCUCAAGAACCACCACCUCAAAAAAAACCACCUCAAGAACCACCACCUCAAAAAAAACCACCUCAGGUAGAACCACCUCAAGAAGAACCACCUCAAGAAAAACCACCUCAAGAAGAACCACCUCAAGAACCAUCACCUCAAGAAAAACCACCUCAAGAAGAACCACCUCAAGAACCACCACCUCAAGAAAAACCACCUCAAGAAGAACCACCUCAAGAAAAACCACCUCAAGAACCACCACCUCAAGAUGAACCACCUCAAGAAGAACCACCUCAAGAAGAGCCACCCCAAGAUGAGCCACCCCAAGAUGAGCCACCGCAAGAAGAACCACCCCAAGAAGAACCACCUCAAGAAGAACCAACUCAAGAUGAACCACCUCAAGAUGGAACAUCCCAAGAUAAACCACCUCAAGAUGAACCAUCCCAAAAUGAACCACCCCAAGUAAAUGAACCAUCUCAAGCUGAACCAUCCAAAGAUGAAUCAUCUCAAAAUGAACCACCCCAAGAAAUCCCAUUCCACGAUGAACCACCCCAAGACAUUGCACCCAAAGAUGAACCAUCUCAAGAUGAACCAGCUGAAGACAUACCAGCCCAACAAACACCAUCCCAAUACAGUCUAGCCCAAGAAACACCAUGUCAGGAUGUUCCAAAGGACAUUUCAUACCAAGACACAUCAUCACACGAUAUACCACUCAAGCUAGACCUGGAUCAGUCAAAAGAUGAACCACUUUCAGAAAUAAUAUAUCAAGACAUUCUAACAGAAGUCAUGGAACAAACCCAGGAAUGGAAAUCUGAGAAGAAAGCCCAUGGCAUCAGGUCCCCAAGAAGACUUUCCUUUGACCAAAGGAAAGAUAGGAAGUUCCAAAAGAGAUAUUCCUUAGACAUACCAAGGAAAAGUUUGCAAUACCAAAAGAGAUAUUCCUUGGACCUGUCAUCUCCAAGACGAAAAUCCCUAGACCAAAGAAUCAAAUCCUGGCUGUUCCCAAGGAAGCACUCUGUGGAUAAGCAAACACAAUAUAACCAAACCUCAGACCAACCCUCAGAUCAGCAAACUGAUGAUCAGGUUAAAACUAAGCAGGCUGAAGAUGAGAAGGUUGCUGAAGAUGAGAAGGUUGAUGAAGAUCAGCAGGUCCAGCAGGUCAAAAAAGAGAAAUAUCAGGAUGGAGAAAUUCAACAGGUUGUAAAGGAGCCAGACAAACCGCCCAAAGAUGAGGACCACGAAGCAGUUAAGGAGAAGCCUCCAAAGAAAGAAAUCCAAGAUCAGCAUUUUGAACACCGGAAAUCCCAAGAAGACAAAAACCCAGAAGGACAGUUCCAAAAACCAAGACAAGAAAUUCCAGUGGAGAAACCUCAAAAGCCAUUCUGUCAAGACUGGAGCUAUGGAAGCUUUGACUACCCACACUAUGAAGCCCAGGACAAGCAAUCUCCAUUCUGGACAUCCUCAGGUGGCCAGAAAAUCCAAGACUGGAGAAGUCAAGGCUGGAGAAACAAAGACUGGAAAGCACAAGAAUGGCAAUUUGGAAAGCAGCAUACCCUAAACUGGGGAUGCCAAGAUCUACUGGAACAAGAAUCCCUAAGGCAGAAAGUACUCUGCCAACAAAUUUCAACCCAAAGCAUCACAGCCCAGAAAAACCUGGGCUGCCAAUCACAAAACGUUCUGUCUCAAGUCAGUGAGUAUCAAGACCAAAAAGGCACUGGAUCCAGAGCUGUAAGUCAAGCUGUGUAUGCACACAGUACCCAGACAAAACUGAGCCAACAAGAGGACAGGAAAUCUGCAGAUCUGGUGUCAGAAGACACCAGGUCAGACCAUCAACCUUCUUGCAGCCAAAGCACAUAUCUAGCCUGUCUGAGCAGCAUGGAAUCUGACCAAGAAAUUCAGAAAAAUAGCCCAGCUUGCUCAGCUUCCAACAAAGAUAUGAAUAUAACUCCUUCCUCGAGUUAUGCAAGAGAUCAACAGCAGUCGGAAGAGUCUGAUUAA